CGCACCUGCCCGGGUGGGAGGGCGCGGCCCGGCCCUGCCCUCAGGUGGGCGCCGCCCUCGCCUCCCCUCAGGUGCGCGCGGCCCGAGGCGGCGGUGGCGCCGCUCCCGAUGGCGGCCCCGGGCGGGCUGGGCCGCUGCGUGGCCGCCUUCUGGCUGGCGCUGGCCUUCGACGCGGUGGGGCUGGCGGUGCUGCUGGCGGGCGUGUUCGCCGACGUGUUCUUCUCCGACCUGCUCAUCUACGCGGGCGGCAUCGGCAUCUUCCUCAGCCUGGUCUGGUGGGUGUUCUGGUACGCGGGCAACCUGGAGGUGCCGCUUGAGGAGCUGCGGGACGACGUGGGGCUGCCGGCGCCCAAGGGCCGCGGGGACACGCUGCUGCGGCGGCUCGUGAACGGCGUCAGCCUCCGCCUCACGGCCGCGCUCGCCCCCGCCCGCCCCGCCGAGAUGGAGCUGCAGCGCGCCCGGGGCCCCCGCGGCCGCCACGCCGAGCCCGGCAGGAUCUGUUGAAGACACGACUAAUGAAGUUACUGCCCCAAAAAGUGGGGGAAAUGCUGCAAAUUAUGGAAGGAGAUUCCCUACCCCAAACAGUAGGAUUCUGUCAUUGUGGAAUAACCUCUGCAAGCAUUGUGGACUCUCCAUGAAAUGGACACGUGGAACCAUGUCUCUGCCAAAAGCACCUGUUUCAGUGUUGGACUGGAUAUGCUUUGAAAUUAUGAAAAAAGAUCUCACAAAAUCACUUUAAGAAGUGAGAGCUAAAAGAGAAUUGAACCUGAUUCACUGAAAAAUCAGUGCAGCUUGUCAUAUAGUUGGUUUUAUUGUUGUAAUUAUUAUUAUUAUUUUUAAUAACCUGAAAGGUUUGGAUAAAAAGCUCUUGCACGACGAAAAGCUCUUGCACUGUUUUUUACCAAGGUCUGGAAGUUAAACUUACUGUGAAUUUUUAUAAUGCCAGUGCAAUACCUUUGUUUGUAAGGGUGCUUUUAAAAUGUGUAUAUUAAACUGUGGAUGCAAAGCUGCAAAUGUAGUAGAAGUUGUUUAUAGUGUAAAUACACAAUUUACAGUGUCUCUUUUAAAAAGUUUCAUUGUUAUUCUGAAAUAACCUGGAAUCUGAGAUUUUAUAAAUAGACAAAUAACACCAGUGGUGUGAGCAUACAAGUACAUUCUUUGUAGUUACAAAUGAUGUAAUAUGAUGACUUGCAAGAGGCAUUUUUAGUCCAGUGAUGUUGGAAAUUAUUUUCCUAAUGCUGAAGCAUUUGAGAGAGGAAACAUGACCAAAAGAAACUCUCUUGAUUAACAAGUACUCCAAGGCAUUAUUAAACAUUAACAAACAGUACCUGGAAAAUCAUUUAUAUUAAUGCUAGUGAUACCUAAAAUUGAGUUAAUGAUAAAAUUGUGUGGAGAAUUUCCUCAGGAGUUCUUCUGGUUUUGAAUUAACACUAAG